CUCACAAACGCACAGAGGCUCAGACCUUCAGGGAAAUAAGAGAAGAUAUUUGAAGCUCCCCUGAGCCGGACUACUUCAUCUGACAGGGGAAUCAUGUGGAGGAAAAUCUGACAAAGUGGCAGAAAGCAGAGAAGGGGCAAGGAAAAAAGGAGCAGUUGGAAAGUGUGUGUUUUUUACGAAGAGAGAGAGAGCGAGCAAGAGCGAGAGAGAGAGAGAGAGAGAGAGAGAGAGGAAGAGUUUACAGGAGCUGGGCAGAGAGGAGGAGGAUUUUCUGUACUUUAACUCACACAUCCAUUGGACCUGAACCACCCGGUGCGACAUGCUCUUAUAUGGCCUUCUGACAUAAACGUAACCAGAGAGGAGAAGGAGGGACAAGUACGUGGAGGAGAGGGGUCAACUCACCAGGAAUUCUCAGAACAUAAGGAAGAAAAAUUAUGUGAAUUGGUCGAUCAUCAUGUGGAAUCAAAGCAUUUGCUUCACACAGCAGAAAAAGUUCAGUAACGGCGCACCCAGACAAAGCCUGACAAAGGCCUACUGGACUUGACAGCAUCAAAAAGAGAAGCCAGCUGGUAGGUCAGAAGCAGGAGGAGCAAAAGAGGAUAUGUGUGAGUCGAGACAGACGAUGUAAGUUAAAGCAAAAGAUGAGAAGGAAGACAAUUAGAUUAAGGAAAGGAGCACUAGAGACUGAAGGUGAGAAUUGAGAGGUCAAAUUUGAGAGUGAAAGGAAGCUAAGAUUAAAUAAAAUACUCUGCUAUCAGAAAACAUAGCUCUCGGAGAGUAGAAGUCUGAACAGGCAGUCACUGUUAAGACAGAAAUAAGCAGGAGUCGCGAUGAUAAUGCAUUUUCGUCGCAUCCACAAGUUCAAGUGCGUACAGCUGAUGACCACAUGCCUGGUACUGUGUAUGGUGAUGGUCUCCUGGGAGGACCUGGACCACCAUGUAGUCAGCCACAUGAGAUCCUAUACGUACCGCUAUCUGGUCAACAGCUAUGACUUUCUCAAUUCAUCAUUCAGCAUCGCUUCCAAACAUCACCAUGGUCAGGAUGGUUCUGACAGUGUGGAUUGGAGUUUAGGGAGGUAUCCAUACCUCCUUAACCACCCAGGUAAAUGUAAAGGUGAUGGAAAUGGCUGGGAGGAUGUCCUCUUGCUUCUGUUCGUGAAAUCAUCACCAGAGAACUUUGAGCAGCGUCAGGCUAUCAGGGAGACAUGGGGAAAUGAGAGCUUCCUUUUGUCAGAACUAAGGGCAAACGUGAAGGUGGUGUUUGCCCUCGGCAUGCACCCGCAUAUCAAGCGGAGAACAAGAGUUCAGAUUGCACUGCAGCAGGAAGACCAAGCCUAUAGAGACCUGAUUCAACAAAACUUUGCGGACACAUUCCACAACCUGACUGCCAAACUGAUCCUGCAGUUCCACUGGUGCCAUGAGUACUGUCCUCAAGCACGGUUUUUAAUGUCUGCGGACGAUGAUAUCUUUAUUCACAUGCCCAAUUUGGUUAAGUACUUGAGGCAGCUCAUGAGUAGCCAGUCAGGGGCUAGACAUCUAUGGGUUGGACAUGUACAUAGAGGAUCCCCUCCAAACCGCCGUAAAGACAGCAAGUAUUUUGUUCCCUAUGAUCUGUACCCCUGGCCUUCUUAUCCAGACUACACAGCUGGAGCAGGAUAUGUAGUUUCAGGGGAUGUGGCCGCUAAAAUCUACCAUGCAACUCUGAUGUUGAAAUCCUCCAUCUACAUCGAUGAUGUUUUCAUGGGAAUUUGUGCCAAUGUCAUGGGGGUUUCUCCCAAGGAGCAUGUGCACAUUUCAGGGGAGGGCAAGGCUCCAUACCACCCCUGCAUCUAUGAUAACAUGAUCACAUCACACGGUCACGCUACAGACGUGCGCUCACUGUGGCAAGCAACAAUAGAUGCUACAGUGUACAGAGGAUUUAAGGGUAAUCUGUACUGCACAGCAGUGAGAGCGAUGCUGCUCUGUCUGCCAUAUUAUCAGACCACAUACCCCUGUAUGGCUGCUUUUACAUAAGAGGUCUUUAGAUGAUGCUCAGAGUGUGUAUGCUAAAUGUGCUGAACAAACAAAUGCCGUUUUAUUUCACUGUUUGCUGGUUGUAAUAUGUGUGUGCUAUUUUGGAACAAAGAUCAAAGCUGUUAUGUAAACCAAACAUUAACCUAGUAGUUAUUCAAUCAUAGCAGAAUUGGGUUUCACAUUUUUUAAGUUCAGGACAAAAGAGGUAAAAGUCACCCCAAGGUUCUGUUUACAUGAGGAUCUUUUGUCUCGGUGACCACACAUCCAUUGUUAUUCACUUGCCAACCCCUGAAGAAAAUUUGUUCUCUCUGGAAAGUCUGACAUCAUUUCUGAACCAGCUGUUAAAUACUAUUAAUUAUUAUGCAACUGAGGCAAUUAAAUCAUUAAAAGACUAUAAAUGUGGGAAUUUUCUGGUUUUCUCUGUUCCAUCGUUAAUAGCUUUGGAUUUUAGACUGUUGGUCUGACAAAAGACUUACUCAUAGGCUAAGAAGAUGUAUCAAUAAGAGAGAAUAAUUUGCAUAUAAACAACAAAAUGAGGUGCUUGUUAAUGGGUAAUUUGUAAUCAUUGCUUAUUUCCGGCAUGCAACUAGAUAAUCCUGUCCAUUCUUGCACCAUUGACUUUUGAAUUUGUUUUUAGUACUGCUGUGAAUGACUCAAUCUCAUCAGGCGGAUAAAAUGCAUCAGGAUUUUCCUAUUGAGACACAAGAAAAUGCCACAUCCAGCCAGAUACUCAGCAACUUGUAAAAAGUGUUGGAUUCAUAAUUUUACCUACUAAGUUAUUUACAAAGGUUUUACAAAAUCCGAGGGUUCCAGGGCAGUUGAUUUACUUGUUUGCCCUUACAGCAUACCUCUUUGUAAGAGAACGAGUAUCGUACACAACAUUUUUCUGCAUGAAAUUAUAGUUUUACUCCUUAUUUUCACUAAAAUGUUGCAAAAGAGACAUAAAGAAGCAGAUGGUCAAAGGAAGUCACUGCUUAAUCCCCUGUUUAGGAGUAUAUUACAUUAAAGGAUCUUCAUUUUGAGAAGAAAGAAAAGUAUGUAACUCAAACAGGUCAACUAUGAUAAGUAGACAUCUAAUUUGAACCUGGAUGAUGUCAUCAACCUUUAAAUUGAUACGGCAAAAAGUUGACAAAGUUCUAAAAAAAAUUUAAGUGUUUCUUGCGGCAGCAAAAAAAUUUAGUUACUAAAUUCUCAGGUUCAAGGUAGUCCUCAGUAAUGUCUGACUACUUUAAUUGUAGGUAGGUAGAGCUGUUUGGUGGAAAACAAUGGAAGUAGUGAGUGAAACUGAGGCCGUAAUGCAGAACACAGGGCAUCAUGUGAGAAGAUUUUCAUAUCCUUUUUAGAAAAUUAUAUUUUACUUGAUCAUUAGCAUAUUUAACAGCGAUAAAAUUGUCACAUGAUAAUAGGUCUACAUGUGGGAUAAUCCUUGAACAUGUCAACGGACAGUAGAUGCAAAACAAAGGUCUUACUACAGCAAAGAAGUCUUUGACUAAUAUGUGAGGCAGUGAAGAGGAUUUCAGUCAGUGAUGAUUCACUGUCACAUGUUCAAACACAUACCACACACUGAUCUGCGUAAAGUCCCGAGGCAGUGACAACCAACACGCAACCAACACUGAAAUGUAUAAGCUCCUAUAUGGCAGUAAAAAGUAAAAUUGGAUCGACAUGAUGAUGAUAGUGAACAGAGAGUUUACUUUGCAUUAAGUUUUAUAAAUUUAUUUUUCUAUGAAGUCAUUUUGGUAUAGCAUUUACAAUAAAUCAAUCAAUAAUUCUGAAAUCAAAUGUGCUUGUUUCUCCUAUUGUGCAGAAGGGCAGUCUAUAUGCAUAUGUUGCAGGAAAAGUGUGUGUGCUGAUUACCAGUAUGUGAUACUUAAGCCUUUUCAUUGUCAGCUUGUUUUUAGAUUGUCAUUGUUAUCAGAGUGAUAUGAAUGAAUGCCUGUUUUGUUUGGUUCUUUUUGUAUGUUCAUACAUGAUACAAUCUCUGUGGUUAAUCUGUUUACUGUUUAACUAAACUACAACAUAACAUUACAAAUUAUUCUCUUAAAGGAGAAUUUAUCUGUCAAUUCAUUUAUUUUUUAAUUUCUCUGUCCCUUCAGUCCAUUUCCCCUGUCUUGGUCUCACUCUGAUCAUUCUUUUCCUGUGACCCAAGCUUCCUUUUUCUCUGACCACUUCUGCAUCCUGUUAAACAUCGGUAUCUUUGAAGAAUAAUGCUGAUACAUGCUGAAUCACCUUGGCCAUGCAUGGUCAUCAUCAUCGCCAUGAUCUUAUAAGGAUUUUUUUUUGUUACCUCUGGGGGAGGAUCAUAUAUUCACCAUAUGAUGUAAAUUAAUGGGUUGUUUUUUAUUCUAUAGUUAAAAAACACCUACAAACCUUUUUCAGCUAAUUCUAAAUUAAAUGUCAGAUGCAGCUUCAUCAGACACAUUGGUUUGAGAUUUUGCUCCUGUAAGCAGGGACACUCUGAUGAAAAAAAUCAGACACAAGCAUUCCUGCUGAUAGACGUUCUCACCUGCGUCUGUUGGACAAACUUUCCUCUGUCUCGUUCGUUAACAUGACGUGGGUGGAACCUCCUUGGCUUUCCUCAUGCAUCACCUCAAUCUGUGACAAACAAACACAGACACAAUCAUGCAGCAAAAAUUAAAUAUGUUGGAGGGUUUGUUUUGCAUUUGUCUAAAGUGCUGAUGUGAAACUACAAUGUUAAGAGAAAAAUCUUUUUAUGUUGUAUGUUUGGUUUUUGUGAAUGGUGCAUUCAAACAAAAUCUUCCUUAGCGGGGGUCUCUGGUAAAUGUGCAGCAGCUACAAAGCCACAGCACACUCAAGAUUACCAGCAGUUUUUGUUCUUGUCAGCUGCCUGGAUACAAAGUGUUUAGUUUCCUUAUAAGACAGAAAUCUAAUGAUAUGUCUGUUUCAUUGUUUGGUGAUGUAAUGCAGCAAGGCCUGAACUGUGUUUUGAGCAGGAUGUAGCAAACCUAAUGGAAACUGCUGACAAAUGCAAAUACAGACAGACAGACGACGCACUUUGUUACGGCAGCAGUUGGCAUACUGGAACUACUGUUUGUGUUAAUGUGUUUGCAAACUAUGUACAGUAUGUAAAGGCUGAUCAACAUCUCUCAUCUGCUCUCUUGAUGGGAUGCAUUUUUGUAAAUAAAGACCAACAAACAUCA